AUGGCAUGCGAUGCCGUGUGCCAGCAGGCGGGCAGGGACAGACGCAGAGCACCGGCGGCGGUGAAGCCGGAUUGCUGGGACGCCGCCGACGACCCCGACGAGAUCGGGGUCUUCGCCGCCGAGCGCUACUUCUACGGGGACGACGCGCUGUGGUGCGAGCGCUCGUCGUCGUCGCUGUCGCUGUCGUCGUCCGCGUUCAGGACGGGGACGCUCGAGCACGCCCGGUCCGUCGUCACGGCGGGCACCAGCUCGUCGGAGGCGAGCUGGAACAGCCGCUCCGCGCUGCUGCCCGUACCCAUCGAGCCAUCGGAUGAGAAGUCGCGCGGCGCCGGCGCCGCCACUCCGGUCGCCGAAACGGAGCCUUGUUCCGGGGCGGAGAGUGGGCGCGCCGAGCGUAGGCGCGCUUCUUCGUCGUCUAACUCUAACCUGCGGCGGUGGCUGCUCGCCGUGGCGGGUUGCGCUUGCGCCCGCGGCGACAGCGGGGAGUCGGUGAGCGCCGACGAAACGGAAGCCGGCGACGACGUCCUCGGUGCCGGUGGCAAGAAAUAUAACGCCGAAGCAGAGAUGAUCCCGGAGCUCGUGUUCGAGGAGGCCACGGCAGUGACGGUCAGGGCUGGCAGUGGCAGAUGGCUCCUCGAAGGCGACCAAAUCCUUGCCAGAAUGGAGGCGUCUUCCCCCAUUGACAUCGCAGGGCACGGCCACCGCCGGGCCGCCAGCUCGAUCGAAUUGCCCGUGCCGGUGGUCUUGCAUCCCGCAGCGACGGCAUCCUCCGGCGAGCGGCGGCGCGUGAAAUCUUUGGAUGAGUUCAGGCCGUUGGGCGACGGCCAAGGGAGCGCGCUCGGUCCAGCGACGCAGAACGCUGCUUUUACAAUCGCCGCCGGAAAUGCUCCGCGCGCGGCCGCUGGCGGCGGAGGGAGCCCUGGCGCCGAGGACGACGACGCGACUCCGAGCGAGCUCGGAUGCGCGUACCCACCGAGCGUCGUCUGGAGCGUGGUCACCGCGGACGGCGCGGCGUCCGGCAACUUCUCCAGCGCGGCGUCGGGCUACUACUACCACUACUUCAGCUACGGCGAGGACAGCACGUUGCGGCACGCCGCGGCGAACAACGGCCACCGGAGGAGGAGAAGAGGGAUCACCGUCACCGGCAGCAGCCUGCUGAUGACGUGCAUGAACGAGAAGACGGUCGACGCCGUCGGGCCCGCUCGGUCCGUUAACCGGCCGGAGGUCGAGCCGGCUGCCGUGGCGAGGCUGGGAGCUGCCGGCGGCAGCCGGAACGGCCAUGGUGGAGGGUACCAGGACGUGAUGCGCCGCCGGGGAGGUAGGUAG